CCGAUGUAUCCGCCAAUCCGCCAUAUCGGUAGCAUUACUCUGCACGGCGGCAGUAGUGCAGUGCUGGUGGUGCGUUCACGGGAGCGCGCUUAAGACUGGAACGUCACACUUCCACCUCGCCGCUGUAAAAGUGACUCAGAGCUUCACAUUGCUACGAGCCCCAAGUGAAAAUGGCUGAAGACAUUCAGACCAAACUUGAGAAUUAUCGCACUGCUCCAUUUGAUGCGAGAUUCCCCAACCAGAACCAGACUAGAAACUGCUGGUCCAACUAUCUGGAUUACCAUCGCUGCCAGAAGGCUCUGGAUGCAAAGGGUGUGGACAACACCCCGUGCGACUGGUACCAGAGGGUUUACAAAUCACUCUGCCCCAUGUCCUGGGUCCAGAAAUGGGAUGAACAGAGAGAAGAGGGGACAUUCCCUGGAAAAAUCUGAAUCGGAGGUGCAGUGUUCCAAAGAGCGUGUCGCUCUAUCACUACCACUGAAUGCUCAUUCCUCACAAGCGCCAUUAAAGGACCCAACAGAGCCGAUAAUAAAUAUCUAUCAAGUCUA